AAUUUAGCAAGCAGUGGAUACCUUGAGCGCUCAUGUUUGCUGUAUGAGCAGAGCAGGGACUUAAAGUUUGGCGGGGACCGGCCACCACUCGCAACGUGCUAUAAAAGCAAGGCUUACCUGUAGCUCGCGGUCAAAGACGCCAGAUCAGAGACAGAGAUGCAGUGCUGCAAACAAAUGCUCGCACUCACCACGGUGCUAGUGGUGCUGCUGCCCAACAGCCUUGCCAGGAAAUUGCCCACUGGACUGAAAGGCUGCUCGAGAAACGAUCCUGACCUGAAUGACUGCCUGCUGAAUAGUGCUAAUGCUGCUGUCCCCUUCAUGAGCAAAGGAAUUCCAUCGUACGGGAUCUUGCCUAUGGACCCGAUGCGUAUCGAAGAAAUGGGAAUCGAUGACAAAGGCUCCAACAAGCCGGUGGCAAUCAAUCUGAUCAUGAAGAACGUCGACUUGGUUGGCCUGCGAAAUGUUAAAGUGAACAAAAUUGCAUUCAGCCCUGAUAGUGACAAAGUUUCGUGGACAUGCACCACACCAUAUUUGUCUCUGCUUGGAACAUACGACGUGUCAGGGAAGAUCCUGAUCCUUCCCAUCCACGGCAAAGGAUCCAUUAACAUCACAAUGGAAAAUGUUGAAUACACCUACAAGUUUGACGUGGAAAAAUUCUCGAAAGGCUCUAAAACUGGAUUGAAGCCAAAAAACCACGAACUGGACUUCAAUACCACGAGGAUUAGAAUGAAUUUGGAGAAUCUUUUCAACGGCCAGAAGGAACUGAGUGAUCAAAUGAACGUUUUCCUGAACGAGAACUGGAAGGAGUUGGUCGGUGAAUUGGGCUCGCCGAUUGCAGAGGCUUUGAGCGCUGCUACAAACCACCGCGUUGAGGCAAUCAUGCGGCACGUGACCCUCGAAGAAAUGUUCCCUGAAAACUAUGCUGCCGCUUUUCUCAGAGCAACCAUGAAGCCAGUGAGGACUGUUUCGGUCUUGCUGCUUGCUCUGCUACAGCUCGCUGCUGCUGCUAGGGUUUACAAAAAGCUACCACAACAAUUGAAGCCAUGCUCAAGGAACCUUCCUCAGCCCAAACUGGAGGCGUGCAUUUUGCAGUACGGAAAAGCCGCAAUUCCUCACCUGGCCGAAGGUAUUCCUAGCUACAACCUUUUGCCAUUGGAUCCCCUUCACAUUCCGGAAUUACGAGUUGACGACAAUGGCAGUACAAGAACCAUUAAUUUGAAACUGACCAUGAAGAAUGUGGACAUCAUCGGGCUAAAAAAUACUCAAUUUACUGCAGUGAAGAAUGACCUGACGAGUGGUGAGGUCGAGUGGAAAUUCUUCAUCCCACAAAUCUCACUUUUGGGCCAGUACAACGUGACCGGUCGCGUGCUGUUGCUGCCGCUGCGAGGCCACGGAGAUAUGAACAUAACGCUUGAUAAUUUGGAAGUGAUCUACUCUUUUAAGAUGAGAUUUUUGCCACCGAACAAAGAUAACGUGGUAUUCCUCAGACCAGAGGGAAACACAUUGGACUUCGAAACGUCAAAAACGUACAUUAACCUGGAGAACCUUUUCGAAGGUCAAAAAGCUCUCAGCGACCAGAUGAACGUUUUCCUGAAUGAGAACUGGCGCGACUUGGUGUCUGACCUUGGGCCGCCAAUUGCAGAGGCUCUGAGCACCGCCACCAACCAGCUGAUGCUUACACUGACAAAGCAGGUUCCUUACGACGAAAUCUUUCCAGACACGCCUGUCUGAGGCCGUCAACACUGCCCAUUUAGGAUUUAAAACUAUAACGUCGUCGCCAGAGUUGAGCAUUUAGUAAAUUUAUGAUGUACAAAGUACUGUUUUUGCAUGUAAAAAGUAGAGGCAAAAAAGUGUUUUCUGCAAAAUUCUUAUUGCAGAAGGAAAUAUUUUAAUAUUUUUUUCGCAACUGUAAAAACGUCAUGUGCAAUAGAUAAAACCGACAAAACAUUUUUUAGCACAAGUUUCGAUGCUGAUUCUCAUGAAAUACUGGUUUAAUUUUCCGGUUUUUUCAUUCGAAGGAUAAAGUAAAAAUAGAUUAAAACGAUCUCGCCUAGAAGCGUGAUAGAGGGUAAAGAUAAUAAAGUGACAAAAAUCUUUCCUUUUGUAGCAACUAUUUUCCUUUUAUUUACAUGGUAGAAACACAAGCGUCACAACCACUAUGUCACUGACUCGGAUCUUCCUUUUUAUUAAUUAGCGUUUCAACACCAAAAAUGUUUUAAUAAAAACACUAAAUGAUA